GAGCUGUUGAGAGGGACUCAGAGACCUGAGGACCCUGACCUGAGAAACAAACAGACCAGAACAGAAAGAAGAGAGACAGACAGGCAGCAGCAAGAAAACAGAGAGACUAAUCAGAGAAUAAGAACAAUAAUCUGCUGUAACACAUUGAGAAAAACAAGGAAAAGGAAGACAGUUGGGCAAGAACUAGGUGAAGAGAUAGAAGGGGCAAUUAACACAGCUAGAGAAAAAGGAGAAGGGUUGAAACACAGAGUGGUGGAAGAGAGACCCUGAAGAGAGAGAGCGUGAGAGAGCAGAAGAUCCACGUCUAGUCUACAUCUGAGUGUGUAGCUGUUUGUAUCCAUCAUGUGGCUGCUCCUUAGCGUGUGUGUGUUCUGUCUGCUGGGGUGCAGUGAGGGGCAGGACCGUGCCACUCUCUGGAGGGGGAACGAUCACAGCGGGCGCUGCCAGUAUACCUUCACCGUGCCCAGCCCCAGCGAGACCAGCUGCUCCCCUACAGUCUCCGGAGGACCAGAGAUGGAGGGGCUCAAGGCUAGACUCAGCCUGCUGGAGGUAUUGGUGGCCAGGCUGACUGGAGGGGAGAUAGGAGGUCCUGGGGCUGGUCUCCAGGAGGCUCUGACCCAGGCUAUGGGAGAGAGGAUCCUGCUGCAGGGAGAGAAAGAGCGUCUGGAGAGAGAUGUGGAGGGGCUUCAGAGGAGGAUGGAGGAGAUGAGGAGAGAGACGGAGAGACUGCAGAGCAGACCCUGCUACCCACAACCCCCUCUGUUGCCACCCAGCAUCCCACUACAUGACAGUGGUCUGCGACCUGCCGGAGGUGCUGGUGUUCCCUCUCACCUGGUCUCCAGACCUGGAAGACAAUGGGACACUGGCAGCCUGAGAGACCCAGCAUGGCAAUAUGGUGGUAAUCCAGUGCUCCAGGAGUUGAAGGCUGAGGUGACUGAGAUUCCUGCUCCUAGUCCUGAGGGCCGAGAGGACAGCACAGGCUGUGGAGAGUUGAUAUCAAUAGGUGAGCCAGUGUCCCAUCGUAAGGCUGACAGUAUAGCUGGUAAAUACGGUGUGUGGAUGCAGGACCCAGAAGCUGUGGCGCCCUAUGGAGGAAAGAUGGUGUGGCGCAUUGAUACAGUGGGGUCAGAGGUCAGACAGCUCUUUGGUUACGAAGACAUUGAUCAGCUCUCUAAAGGCUUCCCCUCCAAGGUGUUGCUAUUACCGGAGCCAGUGGAGAGUACAGGAGCAACUCUGUACCGCGGCUCUCUGUACUACCAGCGCCGCCGCAGCCGCACCCUGCUGAGGUACAACCUGGCAUCUGAGAGCAUCGCUUCCCGCCGAGACCUGCCCCACGCCGGCUUCCACGGCCAGUUCCCCUAUUCCUGGGGGGGCUACACCGAUGUGGACCUGGGGGUGGACGAGCAGGGCCUGUGGGCUGUCUACAGCACCAACAAGGCUAAAGGAGCCAUAGUGGUGUCCCAGCUGGACCCACACAGCCUGGCGGUGAAGAGGAGCUGGGAGACCAGCAUCAGGAAGACCAGCGUGGCUAACGCCUUCAUCAUCUGUGGUCGUCUGUACACAGUGGCCAGCUACACGGCUCCCAACACCACCAUCAACUUCAUGUUUGACACAGCUACAGGCCAGGGGAAGGAGGUGGCUCUACCCUUCAGGAAUAAGUACCGUUACAACAGCAUGGUGGACUACAACCAUGCCCAGAGGAAGCUUUUCGCCUGGGACAACUUCCACAUCGUGUCCUACGACGUCAGGCUGGGCCGCCAGUAGAGGAGCUGAGGAGGCCUCUUCAUACAAACCAAAGACUUUCUCUGUCUGUCCUUCAAAGACUGACAGCUUUAGAAGUUGUUAGUGUUAUUCACCACCUUCAUCAAUGCAUAGGCCUAGUACUUACCAUAACUGGCCACUAUAGUGAUUGAGAUUUAAAAUUAUUCUAGCAAAUUGCAUUAUGAAUGGAACCCCCUGCAGGUAUCUUGUUUCUGUGGAAAGGCAAUUGCUGUGGCACGGUCCACAAAUAUGUUUAUAGAGGAAUUAUUUUUCUACUGUUUGGUCAUCAGAGUAGUGCUUUUAUUGUAUUUCAAGUAUAGUUUUUAGAAGGGGAUUGGGGGCAAAGCCAACAUUAUCAAGUCUACUGCUCUCAAACAUCAGUGAUCACACAAGGUCUAAUGUGUGUACUGUGUAUAAAACUCAUUCGACCCAUCUGUCCUGUACAUAGUGCCUCUCCCCCCAGUAGGAAACAUGUUCAGAGACAAACUUGCUGCUCUCUAGCUCUGCAUGUAUUGAAAUAUUGCAUGUUCCUGUGCAUUGUACUUCUCUAUAUUAAAUGAUGUACAAAUUCAUACCAAGGUAUAAUAAAGAUUAUCUAUUCUAAAUAA